UGCUCGCUGCUGUCUUCCUCGGAGACACCGGGCGUGGCAAUGGCGGUGAAGCGGCCGGUGCGCGUGCUGGUGGACAUGGACGGCGUGCUAGCUGACUUCGAGUCUGCCCUCCUGCAGGGUUUCCGCCGCCGCUUCCCCGGGGACCCGCACGUGCCGCUGGAGCAGCGCCGGGGCUUCUUCGCCAACGAGCAGUACCGAGCCCUCCGGCCGGACCUGGAGGAAAAAGUGGUCAGUGUGUAUGAAGCGCCAGGCUUUUUCCUAAACUUGGAACCCAUCCCCGGGGCCUUGGACGCUUUGCGAGAGAUGAACGACAUGCAAGACACCGAGGUCUUCAUCUGCACCACCCCACUGCUGAAGUACGACCACUGUGUGGGCGAGAAGUACCGCUGGGUGGAGCAGAACCUGGGGCCACAGUUUGUGGAGCGGAUUAUCCUGACAAGGGACAAGACGCUGGUCAUGGGAGACCUGCUCAUUGAUGACAAAGACAACAUUCAAGGUCUAGAGGAGACCCCAAGCUGGGAACAUAUCUUAUUCACCUGCUGCCACAAUCAGCACUUGACACUGUCCCCCACAAGAAGACGGCUGCUUUCCUGGAGUGACAAUUGGAGGGGAAUCAUAGACAGUAAGCGAGCCAGCCUGUGAAGGACCCUGGCCUGGGUCAGCAGGACCCUGCCUGGACAGGUGACUUUCAGGGAGCCACUGUAGCUGCCACGUGAACAAAUUGCCUUCCAGCCCCUCCCAUGAAGCCUACACCCAGAAGAAACGAGGCUAGCACAUAAAUACAGUGAGAAAAUCAAGAGAUUUUUAAUAAAAAUAAAAACCAAA